AUUAGGGGUAUCAGAAUUUUGUCAGAAGAAUCAGACAUUCUACAUUUUUGCUUUGCUCAGCCAAUGUUUUUACCAAAAGAUGACAGUUGGGUUUGCCUCUUUUAAAAGAUUUUGAGUCAAUUCUCACAACUGUCCCCUCUUCUAUAAUACCUUUGACCCUUUUUAUCAAUUUUAUUUAAAAUAUUAUAAAUUUACUGUUGGAUACCAAAUUUUGAUCCAAAGAAAAUUACUAUUUUCUUAAAAGGGCUAAUUCUUUAAUUCUCCUUCCUCUCCUCUAUUUGAGUAUUUGUUUGUUACAUUGAUUUCAUCAAAAUACAAAACUAAUAAAAUCUUGUUAGAUUUGUUGGUUUUGGUACACAUUAAUGGGAAGGUUGUUGUUGUUGGUUGAUACUAAAAAGAAAACACAAAUGGUAUGUUUUUUUUUUCUUUUUAACUAAUUGAGAAAUAUUAAAUGAGUUGCAUAGUUUGAUAGCAUGAUUGUAUUUUAUAGAGAUUUUUACACCUCAUGUCAAAAUUGACACCUUUUUUACAUUUUUAUUCUUACACGGUUUUUUAAACAUUUUUAACUUUUACAUUUUUCAAUUUUACUUUUCAAAAAGUUUAAUAAUUACAAUUUUACCUUUUCCCUUCUUCCUUACACACGUACACGCACGCCACCUCAUAAAUCCUUUCUUUUUUUUUUUUUUUUUUGAAUUUUUCAUUUACCUGAUUCUUCCACUCUUCAAACCGAGCUUCCCACGAUCACCAUUAUCAAGCCCUAACCAAUUUUUUCUUCCCACAAUCACCUUCUCCAAGCCCUCACCCACGUUUUCCUCAACCUACAUUGUCAUCCUCCUCUAUUUUUUCUCUAUAUAAAUGGCAACCACUAGAAGUGGUUCGAAAUCACCAUCUCCGGCGAAGAAAGUUUCUAAAAAAUCGAAGAAGGCUCCAACUGUUACUUCCAAAGUCGAACCUAAGAUGAGGUUAAAAAAAAUUGCUAAAAAUUUAGUGGCUGAUGUUCCAGAGACAUCGGGCACUAAGAAAAGAGCCCCUCCUGUUAAAGUAGAUGCUCCUAAGACUAAGAGAGCAAAAAUUUCCAAGUCUGCACGCGAUGUAAGUUUCUCUUUGUUGUUUUUAAAUUUUUCUUUAGUUUUUUUAUGGUUGUUUUAUUUCUGGUGUUACAUUUGAUGAUUUAAAGUUUUCCCCAUUUUUUGUUCUAGGUUUCCUCAGAUUCUGAUUUUGAGGAUGAAGUGCAUGGUGAGGACCAAAAGCCCAAAGUUGAAUCAAAGGUCCAUGCUAGGACCUCAGUGAAGGUUGAAGGAUUUGACCUACCAAAGAAAAAUCCCCCUAAGGUGUCCUUUUUUUUUAAAAAAAAUAUUAUUUUUAUUAUUUGUUUUCUGUUUUUUUUUUAGUUUUUUUUGUUUUUGUCCUGAUUUAUUUUGUUUAUAUUGAUACAGGAAUGGGAUUAUAUUUAUGACUAGAAGAAUCUAUUCAUUGCUAAAGCCUUUUCCACUGCUACUUUCCAGGUGAUAGAGAACAUUAAGUCUUGUCUUUCAGAUGUACAGCUUGAAAUGUUUUCAAAAACCUGUUUUGGUCAUUUCCUUUACCUUCCCGAUUUUAAAGUUCAACCCCAAGUGUUUCAUGGGUUGUUGCUCCGUGAGGUUCAGCAACCUAAUGAUGCUGAGUUGUGGGUAAUGAUACGCGGUGUUAGGCUUAGGUUUAGCAUUGAGGAAUUUGCAUUGAUUACUGGGUUAGACUGUGAAGGUGACUGUAGUGUGUUAGAUUUUAAGCAAGAGGUUAAUAGUCUUUGUGAAAGAUAUUGGCCAACUUCGUCCUCUAUCACUAAGGAAUGCGGUAGGGAAUGUUUUACCACCAAGAGGUGGGGUGAUUCUGAUGAGGAUGCUGUGAAGUUGGCAGUUUUGUAUUUCGUGGAGUGGUUCUUGCUUAGUGGCACUAAGCAUAAAAAUGUACCCAAGUCUAUUUUAGAUGUUGUAGAUAGUGGGAGGUACAAUGAAUUUGCUUGGGGCCGGAGUUCUUUUGAAUUGACUAUUUCCUCAUUGAAGGGUAAGCUUGAUAGUUGGGUUGAGGGGGUUAGGAAGGCAAGGAGUUCGGGAAAGAGGGCGAGUGUUUUUUACACUUUGAUUGGUUGUCCUCAUGUUCUUCAAGUUUGGUUCUACGAGUGUUGUAAGUACAUGAAAGGUAAGUACUGCCAAAAGGAAAGCUCUCGUAUUCCAAGGAUCACUCAGUGGACAUGCAAUAGUCAACCCACUUUCAAAGUUUUGAAGACUACUAUCUUUGAUGUUUCCAAAGAUAAGGUAUAUCUGUUUGUUGUAAUUUGGUUUUUCAGUAGUUGUUUUUGUGUUGUUUUUCAUUAUUAUUAAUAUUCAUAAUUGAAAUUUUAAUUUUGGU